AUGAGCCGUGCUGCGCUAUUCACUGCGCUAUUCCAGAGUGACCGUGCUGUGGAAAUGUCUUUAACUUGCGCUCGGCAACUUGUCCUUCUAUUCGCCCUGUCGUGCGUGUCAUUGAGUGACGAUUUCAGACUGGACUUGCACCGACACCUCAACAAAGAAACCUUGCAAAAGCUCGAUUUAAUCCACAGCAGCUUCCCAAUUCAUUGCAGAUCGCAAGGAAUGAAAAUCAAAGCCCUCGACCUGAUGGGAAUUGCAGCAAAUGCAAAGAUAGCUGACAGAAUUCUGAUUGGUUAUCAAGUUCUGCAUCACAUCAGCAACAUUUACAGAACAAAUGUCAGUUCCAUUCACUGGAACAAGAAUGACAUGGAAAAAUUUGAAGUAGUUCUACAUCGGCAGAUUGAGGAACUGAAAUAUGAUCUACAAGUGCGAUUGUCAAAAUCUAAAGGGACCAAAAAGAUAAGAAUUUCAAAGUACUUUGCAAAAAUUGGAAGGUUUUUGAAAAAUAAGGAGUACAGUCUAUGUGCUUGGGAACACAUCCGAAUUAAAACCCGAAGAACUAUUGAAAAUAUCUCCAAGUUACUGGAAUAA